CAACCGAACUCCACAAGCGCGCUCUCUCUCUCCGUCUCUCUCUACCACUCUCGGUGAAACAAUGGCGGGAAAGCAAAUCUCCGGCGACGGCCUACCGGCGAAUAUAGCCGGAAUGUCGAAGAACCAGCUCUACGAAAUCAUGUCUCAAAUGAAGAGUCUGAUAGAACAGAACCAGCAGCAAGCGAGGCAGAUCCUCAUCCAGAAUCCGCUUCUCACCAAAGCGCUUUUCCAGGCACAAAUUAUGCUUGGAAUGGUCCGGCCACCUCAAUCGAUUCCCACCAUUCAGCCAGUGACGUCGCAGCAUUCGCAGCAGUCGGUGCAACCAACUCAGCAGUCUAAUGCUCUGGCAGCUCCCUCAUUGCCAGGCCUUGGUGUUCAGGACCAACCAGGUCCAUCCCAGAUCCAAGCUUCUGCAAGAAAGCAAUACCAAAACCAAUCUACAGUGCCUAGCUCGUCGGCUGCUCCUCCCGCGUUUAAUCUUCAGUCUCAGCCUAUGCCUUCAUAUCCCCUGCAGACCCAGCAGCAGCCUAAGGGACAUCUGAAUCCCCAAAUGACCCCGGCAUCUCUUCCACAAUCCUCUCAACUUCCAAAUCCUCCAACACACCCUCAUCAUUCUUCACAGCCACCUCAACUUCAUCAACCCCAAAUGGCUUCUUACAACCAGUUGCAACAGCCAUUACAGACAAGUGGAGGUCAUCAUAUGCCCCUGCAACCACCAUUGCCACCACAACCAAGACCUUCAAUGCCUAACUACCACCAUCAGUAUCCCCCACAAAUGGGGCCCAAUUCGGGUUUCCAACAUCCUUCACAAUCCAUGUUUCAUUCAGGUACGAAACCCCCUACUAGUGUUGGGCCUUCAUUUCCCCUGGGACAGCCACCACUUCCAAGUCACCCACCACCUCAAUCCAUGUAUCAGGGAGGAGGUAUGCAUUUGGGUUCGGAGUACAGCAAUCAAGUUGGAACUUCUAUGCAAGCAGAUAGAGGAUCUUGGAUGUCUGGGCCGCCAGAGAGUUCGUCAGUGCCACAGCUUUCAGGACCACCAUCAUUAGUUCCUGGUCAAAUGCCUGGCAGCCAACCUGGUCGUGGCACAGCGUUAACCCCUGAGGAGGAGAAGGCGUUGCUUCAACAAGUGAUGAUUCUUACCCCAGAACAAAUUAAUCUCCUGCCUCCAGAACAGAAAAAACAAGUGCUACAGCUACAGCAGAUAAUGCGCCAAUAAACUGCUGAAAUUUUGAUUUUUCAGUAGGGAAGCGGGCGGGGCAGCCUUGAGCUUCAAUUUUUGCUUUCCGGCCAGAGAUUUUAGUGUGUUAUCCUUGGUGAUUGAAACCCUAAAGUAUCUAUCCAUUGUUGCAGAAAGAAAAUGUUAUCUGUUGAUCAUAUAGGUUUGUUACUAAUCAAUUGGACCUUUGUAUGUAGAAGUUUAUGCAAGAGCCAUCCGAGACAAUUUUAAACGGUUUCAAAUUGUAGUUUUUGGAAAUAUGAUGGCAAUUACUUGCCUUGUUGGGAAAUAUAUGACUUGCAUUUCCAGUAUAUUUAAGAUCUCUGGUUCUUAAGCAGA